AUGCACUUCGUCCGGCUGGAUUUCCUGCUCGUUUUCUGCUGUUGGAAGCUGGCUCCUCUGGCGUCCUGUCACGCGGUUCACCUCGGCGACGAUGCCCGGCCGGGGACGGUGCUGGCCGGCGUGGAGCAGCGCGCGCGGUGCGUCCUGGAUCAGGUGCUCGCUCCCGCGGCCGCCGAGCGCUUCCUGGAUACCGACCCCGCAACGGGUACCGUGUACCUCUCCCGCUCGAUCAAGUGCGCCUCGCUCCGCUCCAACCCGUUCGCGCUGUACACCGUGUCGGACUGCGUGGACUCCGUCGGUUCCGGCUACCGGCACCUCAUCACCAGCCGCUAUGACGUCCACGUCCACGGGAAAAACUGCUCCAAGACGCCCUCAAGGAAAGCAGAGUGGGAUAUGGAGGCGCUCAGUUUGUUUGUCAAGCCCGCGCAGUGCCACCAAGCAGGUUCUGCUUUAUUUCCAGUGAGCGGGCUGCUCCCUGGGGUGCCCACCCGCUGCCGGGUCACCAGCCGAGGUGACUUCUACUUCUCCGAGGGGGACUUGUAUGUUUCCGAGACUCUGUGCUGGGGCCGGGACGCGCUCCUGGAGCUGGACCUGCUCUGCGACGUCUCGGUCGGGGACGGAUCCGCGCGAGUGGAUCCUGUCUUUGUCCACUGGCGUGUUGGACAGGGGCCCUUUCUUCAGGGUUACAUUCAGAAGGUGCUCGAAAAAGCAGCUCGCUCCGACUCUGCGAUUGUGGGCAGGACCAGGAGGAGCAUCAACAGAGGGCCUCAGUUUCAGCCUCCAAUGUAUCAGGUGUCGGUGGCGGAGAACAAGCCGACCGGGACUUCUGUUGUUGCUUUGAAAGCGGUGGACCCGGACGAGGGCGAAGCGGGCCGGCUGGAGUAUUUUAUCGAGGCUCUCUUCGACAGCCGCUCCAAUAACCUUUUUGCCGUGGACCCGGCCAGCGGCACCGUGUCCACGGCGGAGGUGCUGGACCGCGAGACGAAAGAAACACACGUGUUCCGCGUGACCGCCGUGGACCACGGAGCCCCUCGGCGCACGGCCAUGGCCACGCUCACCGUCACAAUCAGCGACACCAACGACCACGAUCCUGUUUUCGAGCAGCAGGACUAUAAAGAAAGCAUCAGGGAGAAUCUGGAGAUCGGCUACGAGGUGUUGACAGUGAGGGCCACGGAUGGCGACGCGCCGGUAAACGGUAACAUCCUUUAUCAGAUCCUUAAUAGUAACGGGUCAAAUGACGUCUUUGAGAUCGACUCCAGGUCUGGUGUUAUUCGCACUAAAGGCCUUGUAGAUCGGGAGGUGGUGGAGGCGUACGCGUUGUUAGUCCUGGCCAAUGACCAAGGUCGCGACCCCGGGCCCCGGAGCACCACGGCUACGGUCUGCAUUGUAGUGGAGGAUGACAACGACAACGCUCCCCAGUUUAGUGAGAAACGCUACGUGGUCCAGGUGCCUGAGGACCUGGCCCCUAAUACUGAAAUCCUGCAGGUGACCGCCACAGACCAGGACAGGGGGAGCAAUGCGCUGGUCCACUUUAGCAUCAUGAGUGGCAACUCCAGGGGCCAGUUUUAUAUUGACGCACAGACGGGUAAAAUGGACCUGGUCAGCCACUUGGAUUACGAGACAAGCAAAGAAUACACUUUGCGAAUCCGAGCUCAAGAUGGGGGUCGGCCCCCUCUUUCCAAUAUCAGCGGCCUGGUUACGGUGCAGGUGUUGGAUGUUAACGACAACGCGCCCAUUUUUGUCAGCACCCCGUUCCAGGCCACAGUGUUGGAGAAUGUGCCGGUAGGUUACUCCAUCAUCCACAUCCAAGCCGUGGAUGCAGACUCCGGUGAAAACUCCAGGCUGGACUAUCGGCUCACUGAGACCAUGCCAAACUUCCCCUUCACCAUCAACAACAGCACAGGGUGGAUCGUAGUGGCUGCCCAACUUGACAGGGAGCGCGUCGAUUUCUACAACUUCGGAGUGGAGGCCCGAGAUCACGGCUACCCCGCCAUGUCCUCCUCCGCGAGCAUUACCAUGACCGUUCUUGACGUCAACGAUAACAACCCAGAGUUCACCCAGAAGGCGUACUACAUGCGACUGAACGAGGACGCGGCCGUGGGGACCAGCGUGGUGACGGUCUCCGCCGUGGACCAAGACAUCAACAGCGUGGUGACGUACCAGAUAUCCAGCGGAAACACUCGCAACAGGUUCUCCAUCACGAGUCAGAGUGGAGGUGGGCUCAUCACACUGGCGCUGCCUUUGGACUACAAACUAGAACGCCAGUACGCCCUGACUGUAACUGCAAGCGACGGCACGCUCUUUGACACGGCUAAAGUCUUUGUCAACGUCACCGACGCCAACACGCACCGGCCCGUGUUUCAGAGCUCCCAUUACACGGUCAACAUUAAUGAGGACAGGCCACCGGGCACCACGGUUGUCCUGAUCAGCGCCACGGAUGAAGACACGGGAGAAAACGCUCGCAUCACCUACUUCAUGGACGACAGCAUCCCCCAGUUUGACAUCGAUCCCGACACGGGGGCCGUCACCACGCACAUGGAGUUGGACUACGAGGACCAGGUUUCCUACACACUGGCCAUCACUGCCCGUGACAACGGCAUCCCGCAGAAGUCAGACACGACCUACCUGGAGAUACUGGUCAACGACGUGAACGACAACUUGCCGCGCUUCGUCAGGGACAGCUACUUGGGCUCUGUGAUGGAGGACGUUCCCGUCUUCACGAGCGUGGUCCAGGUGUCCGCCACUGAUCGAGACUCUGGCCUCAACGGCCGCGUCUUCUACACGUUCCAGGGUGGAGAGGACGGCGAAGGAGACUUCAUAAUCGAGUCCACCUCCGGUAUUGUUCGCACGCUGCGCAGACUAGAUCGAGAAAACGUGCCAGUCUAUACCCUGCAGGCCUUUGCUGUGGAUAAAGGUAUUCCGCCGUUGAAAACCCCAAUAAACAUCCAAGUGACUAUUCUUGACGUGAACGACAACCCUCCUGUGUUCGAGAAAGACGAGUUUGACAUCAUGGUAGACGAAAACACCCCCAUUGGCCUCGUGGUUGCGCUUAUUAUAGCGACAGACCCAGACGAAGGCAGUAACGCGCAGAUCAUGUACCAGAUAGUGGAAGGAAACAUCCCGGAGAUGUUCCAGCUGGAUAUCUUCUCAGGAGAACUGACGUCGCUAAUAGACCUGGACUAUGAGAUGAGGUCUGAGUACAUCAUAGUGGUUCAGGCCACAUCCGCGCCCCUGGUCAGCCGCGCCACAGUCCGCAUCAAACUGGUCGACAAGAACGACAACGUGCCCGUGCUCAAAAACUUCCAGAUCAUCUUCAACAACUACGUGACGGACAAAUCCAGCAGCUUCCCGGCCGGCGUGAUCGGGCGCAUCCCGGCCCGUGACCCGGACGUGUCGGACCGGCUCCGCUACAGCUUUGAGGCGGGCAAUGAGCUGAACCUCGUGCUGCUGAACCAAACGACGGGCGAGAUCCAGCUGAGCCGGGCCCUGGACAACAACCGUCCCCUGGAGGCCUCCAUGAGAAUCUCGGUUUCAGACGGGGUGCAUUCGGUGUCGGCCCAGUGCCUCCUCCAGGUCACCAUCAUCACGGACGAGAUGUUGUCCAACAGCAUCACGCUGAGGCUGGCCAACACCUCCCAGGAGCGCUUCCUCUCCCUGCUGCUCGCUCAGUUCCUGGACGGCGUGGCCCGCGUGCUCUCGGCGGCCCCCGAAGACGUCGUCAUCUUCAACAUCCAGGACGACACCGACGUCAGCGCCCGGGUCCUGAACGUCAGCCUGUCCGUGGCCGCGCCGGGCGACGCGCCCCGCCGUCCUCCGGGCCUCGGUGAGGACGGCGGCGGGAGAGGGCCCGAAGGCGGAGUGGCGGAGUUUUUCGCCUCCGAGGAGCUCCAGGAGAGGCUGUACCUGAACCGCAGCCUGCUGGCUCAGAUCUCAUCGCAGGAAGUGUUGCCCUUCGACGACAACAUCUGCCUCCGCGAGCCCUGCGAAAACUACAUGAAGUGCGUGUCGGUGCUCAAGUUCGACAGCCUGGCCCCCUUCGUGGCGUCCGACACCAUCCUGUUCAGGCCCAUCCACCCCAUCGCCGGGCUCCGCUGCCGCUGCCCCGCCGGCUUCACGGGAGACUACUGCGAGACCGAGAUCGACCUGUGCUACUCCAAACCCUGCGGCGUUCACGGCCUCUGUCGCAGCAGAGAGGGAGGAUUCGCCUGCGAGUGCACGGACGACUACACAGGAGAGCGCUGCGAGCUGUCGUCCCGCUCGGGCCGAUGCGCUCCGGGCGUCUGCAAGAACGGCGGGGUGUGCGUCAACCUCCUGGCGGGCGGCUUCAAGUGCGAGUGUCCGACGGGCGCCUACGAGAAGCCGUACUGCGAGAUGACCACGCGCAACUUCCCGCCGAAUUCCUUCGUCACCUUCAAGGGCCUCCGCCAGCGCUUCCACUUCACCUUCUCGCUCACAUUUGCAACUAAGGAGCCCGACGGUUUAUUGGUGUACAACGGCCGCUUCAACGAGAAACACGACUUCAUCGCCGUGGAAAUCAUCAAUGAGCAGAUUCAGGUCACCUUCUCCGCAGGUGAAACCAAGACCACCGUUUCCCCUUUCGUCGUCGGCGGCGUGAGCGACGGCCAGUGGCACGCGGUGGAGGUCAACUACUACAACAAGCCCCUCCUAAACCAGGCCGGCCUGCCGCAGGGUCCCUCGGACCAGAAGGUCGCGGUGGUGACCGUGGACGACUGCGACGACCGCGUGGCUCUGAGGUUCGGUCACGUGAUUGGGAACUACACUUGCUCCGCGCAAGGGAGCCAAUCGGGGAGCAAGAAGUCGCUGGACCUGACCGGGCCGCUGCUCCUCGGCGGAGUCCCCAAGCUCCCCGAAGACUUUCCCGUCCGCAACCGCCAGUUUGUGGGCUGCAUGAAGAACCUGCGCGUGGACAACCAACGCGUCGACAUGGCCGGCUUCAUCGCGAACAACGGCACGCUGCCCGGAUGUUCCACCAAAAGGCACUUUUGCAACACCAACCCGUGUCUGAACGGCGGAACCUGCGUCAACCUGUGGGGGUCCUUCAGCUGCGACUGCCCGCUCGGAUUCGGGGGCAGAAACUGCGAAAGAGCGAUGGCCGACCCGCAGCGUUUCCUGGGCGACAGCCUGUUGCGGUGGGACAACCUGGCGACGGCGAGCUCCGUUCCCUGGCACGUGGAGCUGAUGCUGCGCACCCGGCAGGCGGGGGCCACGCUGCUGCACGUCUCCUCGGGCCUGCGCCACAACCUCACCCUGCAGCUGCGCAGCGGGAGCUUGCUGAUGGGCCUGCACAGGGGGGAGGACUCCACGCUGUCCCGCGUGGAGGAGGCGCUGCUGAACGACGGCGACUGGCACCACUUGCAGCUGGAUAUCAGCAGCUCGGGCGGGCCGGCGGGCCGCCACAAAGCCGUCCUGUCGGUGGACCACGGACUCUACCUGGCCACGAUGCACGUGGACGGCGAGUUGCAGGAGUCCACGCUGAAGGCUGUCAGUGUCGGCGGUUUAGCGACGCCUGAUGGGAAAAUUCAAAAUGGCUUCCGAGGCUGCAUACAAGGUCUGCGGGUCGGCGGGGCUCUGAGUCUGAGUCAGGCCAGGAAGGUGAAGGUGGAGCCGGGCUGCAACGUGCCCGACCCCUGCAGCUCGGGCCCGUGUCCCGCUCACAGCUACUGCAGCGACGACUGGGACAGCCACUCGUGCACGUGCCGCCCGGGUUACUACGGCACCAACUGCACAGACGCGUGCACGCUCAAUCUGUGCGAGCACGAGUCCACUUGCGCCAGGAGGACCGGUUCCUCCCGCGGUUACGCCUGCGAAUGCCCGCACAACUACUUCGGCCAUUACUGCGAGAAAAAGACUGACCUGCCCUGUCCUCGAGGUUGGUGGGGCCACAAGACCUGCGGGCCCUGCAACUGCCCCACUGAGCGCGGGUUUGAUUCCGACUGCAAUAAAACCACCGGCGAGUGUCGCUGUAAGGACAAUCACUAUCGUCCCGAAGGCAGCGACACGUGCCUGCUGUGCGACUGCUACCCGGUGGGCUCCUUCACCAGAACGUGCGAGCGCCACACCGGUCAGUGUCAGUGUAAAGCGGGCGUGAUCGGACGCCAGUGCGACCGCUGCGACAACCCCUUCGCCGAGGUUUCUCCUGACGGCUGCGAAGUCAUCUAUGACAGCUGCCCUCAGGCCAUCCAGGCUGGAAUCUGGUGGCCCAGAACCAAGUUUGGGCUCCCGGCAGCAGUCCCCUGCCCCAAGGGAACUCUGGGCACGGCCGUUCGCCACUGCGACGAGCACAAGGGCUGGCUGCCUCCGAAUCUCUUCAAUUGCACGUCGGUCACCUUCAGCCAGCUGAGGGCGCUGUCUGAAAGAUUUUCCCACAAUGCAUCGCUGCUGGACUCGGGCCACGUGCAGCGGACGGCGGCCAUGUUGGCCAACGCCACCUUGCACACGGAAAAGUACUUCGGCAGCGACGUGAAAGUGGCCUACGGGCUCACUCAGAGGCUGCUGCAGCGCGAGAGCCGGCAGCGGGGAUUCAACCUCACGGCCACGCAGGACGUCCACUUCACCGAGAACCUGGUCCGCGUGGGCAGCGCCAUCCUGUCUCCCGACACGCGUCCGCACUGGGAGCUGAUCCAGCACAAGGAGGCCGGCACGGCGGCGCUGCUGCGCCGCUACGAGGAAUACGCCAACACUCUGGCGCAGAACAUGAGGAAGACCUACCUCAGCCCCUUCACCAUCGUCACGCCCCACAUUGUCAUCUCAGUGGACCGUCUGAAAAAGAUGAACUUCGCCGGCGCCAAACUCCCACGGUACCAGUCCCUGAGGGGGCCUCGGCCGGCCGACCUGGAGACCGCCGUCACCCUGCCCGACUCGGUCUUCCGGCCGCCCGCCGACGCCGAGGCCCGCGGGAACCCUGACCCUCUGCCGGAAUCCUCGCCAAGGAACAGGAAGCGGCGCCACCCCGACGGCGAGCAGCCGGACGCCGUCGCCAGCGUCAUCAUCUUCCACACGCUGGCGUCUCUGCUGCCCGAGAGCUACGACCCCGACAAGAGGAGUCUCCGCGUGCCAAAGCGUCCCGUGAUCAACACGCCGGUGGUGAGCAUCACCGUCCACGACAACGACGAGCUCCUGCGGCACCCGCUGGACAAGCCCAUCAGCGUGCAGUUCCGCCUGGUGGCCACCGAGGAGCGCUCCAAGCCCAUCUGCGUCUUCUGGAACCACACCAUACUAGGCGGGAGGGGCGGCUGGUCGGCGAAGGGCUGCGAGGUGGUCUUUCGGAACCGGACUCACAUCAGCUGUCAGUGCUACCACAUGACGAGCUUCGCCGUGCUCAUGGACGUCUCCAGGAGGGAGAACGGCGAAAUCCUGCCCGUCAAAAUCCUGUCGUGGAGCGCGGUGGGGGUCACGCUGGGCUUCCUCCUCCUCACCGGCGUCUUCCUCGCGGGCCUGCGGGCCGCGCGCUGCAACCAGACCAGCAUCGUCAACAACGGCGCCGCGGCACUUUUCCUGUCCGAGCUGGUCUUCAUCCUCGGGAUCAACCGGGCCGACAAUCCGUUUCUGUGCACCGUGGUCGCCAUCCUGCUGCACUUCUUCUACCUGUGCGCCUUCUCGUGGCUUUUCCUGGAGGCUCUGCACGUCUACCGCGUGGUCAGCGAAGUGCGGGACGUCAACUACGGGCCCAUGAGAUUCUACUACCUGAUUGGCUGGGGAGUGCCCGCCUUCAUCACAGGUUUGGCGGUGGGCUUGGACCCCGAAGGCUACGGCAACCCGGACUUCUGCUGGCUGUCCGUGUACGACACGCUCAUCUGGAGCUUCGCCGGGCCCAUCGGCGCCGCCGUGUCGAUGAACGUUUUCCUCUCCGUGCUGUCGUCCAGAGCCUCGUGCGCCCCGAGACGCCAAAGCGUGGAGAAGAAGGGGCCUCGCGGGACUGGGCUGAAAACAGCAGGUGGCGCCCUCUUCCUGGUUUCGGUCACGUGCUUGCUGGCUUUGCUCUCCGUCAACAGUGACGUCAUCGUCUUCCAUUACUUGUUUGCUGGCUUCAACUGCGUGCAGGGUCCCUUCAUCUUCUUCUUCCGCGUCGUUUUCAAUAAAGAGGCCAGGAACGCCAUGAAGUACUGCUGCGGCGGACGCAAACACCCCGAUCACGUGAUGAAACCCAAAUCGUCGGUCUACAAAUGCAACAGCAACUACACGGACGGCAAGCUGUACCACCUCCCGUUCGGGGACUCGAGCCUUUCUCUGAACGGGACAGUUCAGAGCGCCAAGAGCCAGCACAGCUUCGUGCCCUUCGCCCUCAGGGACGACGGCCUGAGCACCAGCCGGGCCCACGUCGCCCUCGACGACCACACGUCGCUCUUCCACGAAACCGACGAGCGCGAGGACGACGUUGUCCCGCACCGCCCUCUCACUCUCGCCCCGGUCUCAGACCGGGACAGCGACUCGGAGAGCGACCUGUCCCUGGAGGACGACCAGAGCGGCUCCUACGCCUCCACGCGCUCAUCAGACAGCGAAGACGAGGAGGGUCCGCUGCCGCCCGAGGAAUGCUGGGAAAACUUGGCGUCCAAUGGCGCCAGACAUCCUCAAGUGCACGACAGUAGACUCUACUGGCCGGCAGCGGCGAGCGACGGAGACCUCAAAGAUGCCGCCAGACUCGAGAUGAAUCCCAAGUUCUCGGACGAGCGCCUGCUCGACGCGGUGACGGUGCCCCCGGUGCCCAAUUUACACGCCCAUCCCCACAAAGGCAUUUUAAAAAAGAAGCCGCUCUCCCCGAUCAUCGAGCGCAACGGAUUCAACCGCGACGGCGGCCGGGAAUCGGCAUCGCCCCCGCGCGGCGAGCCACCGGCCGGCCCCGCCGAGCCGAUGAACGGCGUCGCCGUGAGCGUCAAGGCGGGAACGCCGGACGGCGACUCGUCGGGAUCGGAGUGAGUCGCCGCGUCGCGAGCGCUCGGUAAACGUGGGAACAGAACGGGGCGAAUGCAAAACCAUAAAAUAUAGAACGCGUUAUUCUCGCUUUUGUUCACUUCCUGUGGGUGUGCGGACCAGCCGUCCUGAUACUUUUGUGCCAGUUUACCCAAACCCAGCCCGAGUGUCACCUUUUAAAUAUUUUGAAAUGUUUCAAACUCAGCUGGUAAAGCGUUGGCCUCACAGUUCUGAGGACCCGGGUUCGAUCCCAGACCCGCCUGAUGAUGUUUUUCACACUUGUAUCGUAUUUUUCUAAAUAGUCCUUCGUACAUGAGAGAGAAAAACGUGGCCUUCCUUGGGUCCAAUUAACUUUUAUGUCCUUUGAAAAUGCCCAGAAUGUCCUUCUAACUGGACUUUUUUCGCGGUAACAUUUGUCAUUAUUAUGCGAGAUCAUCUUUGCAAAUUGAAUUGUGGAAAACAGCUUAGUUCUUCCAUAUUGACGACACCCGUCCCCUGCGGUCGCUUCCCAGCGGUCUGUCGCUCGACGGAAGCGACCCGCUGACGACGAGCAAGGUGGGACAUGAAUUGGACAUUCUAAAUUGCCCCUAGGUGUGAUUGUGAGUGCAGCUGUUUAUCUCGAUGUGCCCUGUGAUUGGCUGGCAACCAGUUUCAGGGUGAUAGGCUCCAGCACUCGCUGCGACCCUUGUGAGGAUAAGCGGCAAAGAAAAUGGAUGGAUGGAUGGAUGGAUAGAUAUUUCAAAGGCUGCGAUUGGCUGGUAACUACUUCAGGGUGUACCCCGCCUCCUGCCCGUCGACAGUUGGGAUAGGGUCCAGCACUCGCCGCGACCCUUGUGAGGAUAAGCGGCAAAGAAAAUGGAUGGAUGGACGGCUGGAUGGAUGGAUAUUUCAAAGGCUGUGAUUGGCUGGGAACCAGUUCAGGGUGUACCCCGCCUCCUUCCAGUUGACAGCUGGGAUAGGCUCCAGCACUCGCGUGACCCUUAUGAGGAUAAGCGGCAAAGAAAAUGGAUGGAUGGAUAUUUGGAAGGCUGCGAUUGGCUGGCAACUAGUUCAGGGUGUGCUCCGCCCGCCUCCUGCCCGUUGACAGCUGGUAUAGGCUCCAUGUCUCCCCGCGACCCUUGUGAGGAUAAGCGGCUCAGAAAAUGGAUGGCUGAUAUUUCAAGCCAUCCAAUUUGAAUCCCUACAAAAGGAUGGAAGAAAUCCAAUAUUUCUGAGGUGGUGGGCCACGAUUAAUAAUCUCGCUUUGUGUGUGUAUGUGCCGCCGCCCCCCCCCCCCACCUCGAGAUUUUUAUGAAUUCAUUUCAUCCCCUGACUUUUCAAGAUCUUCCGAGUGCUUCUUCUUCUUCUCCUUUCAAGCAUCCGCCAUGCCCGCCCACCCACCGCCUCCGCGUUUUCUAGUUCCUCCUUUUUUUUGGGUCGUUUUUCUUCUCCCAGCAGCCACCGGGGCGGCGCCGUGUGAGCCCGCCGACCGAGGGGUGUGUCUUUGCAGGUCAGAGAGCCUCCUUCCUCGUCUGCUGCAACUUCCCCUUUCAGUUUUUGGGAUUGAUGAUUUUUUUUUUUUUUAUUAUUAAGAAUUGUGAACAUACGACAUAUUGUGCAGUUGAGCCGCUGCGAACUCGUGUGCGGGAGGUAACUCCAUUUUUUUGGGGGGGUCAUUUUGCAGGAAAGCGGUUUAAACAUUAUGGCUGCGAUUAAAAUGUCGGGGAUUCAUAUUUUUGUGAUUGAAAAGGAAAUGAGUUGUUCUUGUGUGUACUUGAUUUUUGCAGAAAUUGUUGUUCACCUCAUACGUCCGUUAUCCUAAACGUGCAUCAAUAUCUCUUGAAAUAUGACAAUUAAGCUUACUUUUUAAAUUUUCUCUCCGUCUCUGAUGCCCACUGUCGGGAGCGGCGGCCAUUUUGGAAACGGGAUUCGGACCAUUUGUUGCGCUGAAGACGCAGCAAGUGCCGCUUUUGUGAACGUCGGUUUAGACCAGUAUUCAUCUGGAAGAUGAUAUGUUUUCUCUAUUUAUUUCUGCACUUAAUUAUAAACUCAUCGCCCCCCCUCCCCACCCAAAAAAAAAAAAAAAAUGGAGUUUAGUCCCCUGAGGUACAGAAGCGUAUUGCUGCCACACCCAAAAAAAAAAAAAAAAAGUUUGCUUUCACGUUAUAAUGUGAUAUGUUUCAUGUUAUAAUGUGAUACGUUCCACAUUAUAAUGUGGUUAAUUCCACGUUCUAAUGUGAAUCAUUUCACGUUAUAACGUAAUUCAUUUCAUGUUAUGUGAAACUUUCAUGUUAUAACAUGAUAUGCUCUACGUUAUUGCGUGAUUCGUUUCAUGUAAUAAAAAAGAAAUAAUAAAAACAAAUUGUUUUUUUUUUUGCGUAGUACGUGCGUAUUGCUACCACACCCAAAAAAUUACGUUAUAACGUGAUAUGUUUCAUGUUAUGAUGUGGAUGUUUGAUGUUAUAGCGUGAUAUGUUCCACGUUAUAACGUGGUUAAUUACACGUUCUAAUGUGAAUCAUUUGAUCAUAAUGGGAAAGUUAUAACGUAAUUCAUUUCAUGUUAUAACGUGAAACUUUCACGUUAUAACUUGAUAUGGUCAUUGUUAUUGCGUGAUUCGUUUCAUGUCAUAAAGUAGAUCUGUUUCAUGUUCUAACGUAGAAAAUAAUAAAUAACUUUCAUAUCAUGUCAGGUUAUAUAACGUGACACUGAGCUUUUUUUGCGUACUACGGAAGCGUAUUGCUGCCACACCAAAAAUAAAAAAGGUUGCUAUCACAUUAUAAUGUGAUACGUUUCAUGUUGUAACGUGAUAUGUUCCAUGUUAAUAAUAAUGAUAAUGUGAAUAAUUUCACGUUAUAAUGUAAUUCAUUUCAUGUUAUAAUGUGAAACAUGUUAUAACAUGAUAUGCUAUACAUAAUUGCGUAAUUCGUUUCAUGUAAUAACGUAGAAAAUGAAUAAAUUGUUUCAUGUUAAAAUUAUAAUGUGAUAAAUUACGUUAUAACGUGGUUCAAGUUAUCACACGAUCGGGUUCAUGUUAUAAUGUGAAAUGAAUUAUGUUAUGACAUGGAAUGAUCGAUGUUAUAACGUGUAAUGAAGCACAUUAUAACGAUUAGAUUAUAAAGAAUGAGACACAUCGUGUUAUAACGUGAAAUAUCCACAUUAUAACUUGAAAAAUUUCAAUUAAAAAAUGUGAUAGGGACUUUUUUGGGGGUGUGUGUGGCAGCAAUACGCUUCCGUACUGAGAUUGACGUUCAAAGUUCAUACUUGAGCUCACUUGACCCGUCCGCACAUGACCUACGUAUCUCCCUUCAAAUAAAUACUUUUGUCUACAUACUUGAAUUUUUAAGAAUGCACUUUUUCUUUCAUUUGCUGCCCUGUUUUCCUUUAUUUGUUGAAUUUU